AUGACGAGGUACUAUGGACAGAACAGUGGUAUAAGUCUAAUCAAUUUUCAACCUGUGUUCCUUACUUUUAGCAUUUUGAUCAAACAGAAGAAAUUUCUGUAUCAUUACAAGAACUUGCGUUGGGCAAAAGGCCGCCAUGAGACUUACCUCUGUUAUGUCAUCAAGAGACGCAACAGCCCCAUCUCCUACUCAUUGGACUUCGGCUAUCUGCGUAACAAGAAUGGCUGUCAUGUGGAAGUGCUCUUCAUGAGGUAUAUUGUGGGCUGGAAUUUUGACACUGAACGCAUCUACAGUAUCACCUGGUUCACCUCAUGGAGUCCUUGCUAUGAAUGCUCCUUGCGAGUGGCGGAUUUUCUAGAAGACUAUCCCAACCUUCGACUACGCAUCUUCACAGCCCGACUUUACUUCUGUGAGGAGAACACUCUAGAGCCAGAAGGACUCAGAAAGCUACACACAGCUGGGGUACAGCUUGGUGUUAUGAGCUUCAAAGAGUAUUUCUACUGCUGGAACACGUUUGUGGAUAACCAUGAAAGACCAUUCAAGGCUUGGGAAGGCCUACAUGCAAAUUCUGUCCGCCUGUCUCGGAGACUACGGCGUAUAAUACUUCCCCUCGUCAAUGACCUUGGUGACUGU